UUUUACAUGGAAUGUGACACCCUCCUUCUCAUUUCCGUUAGGUUAUUCUAUUGCCGAAAGCACUGUUCUUUCAAUCACACAUUCCUUGUAGGUCAGAGCACCGCUACAGUAAGUGUGGCAUCGUUCAGUGCAACAUCAUUUGUGAAAUCGUUCAGUGCAACACCAAAUGUGGGAUCGCCCAGCGACCAAAUAAGUAGGGAGUCGUCCAGAGCAGCAAGCACUUUAGAAUCGUCCAGUGCAAUAAUAAAUAUGGUAUCGCCCAGCGGCACAAUAGAUGUGUCAUUUCCUUACGUAACAACACGAACAUUAAAUGUGGUAUCCUCCAUCGCGGCAUCAUUUACGACUGCUGCAUUGCACUCAGCGUCACAGUCGGUAAAGACAACGCAAGUCAGGACAGCACCCACCUCAACCACUGAGCCAGCGAUUGCAUCAACUGUGAAACCAACAAUAACCUCUUCUGUAAAUGUGGAUGGAUGUAACAAUUACACAGUCCUGAGUGAAGCAGACCGCGCUCAAGGACACAUAGUGAUCAACAGCAAUUAUAGAUGCGACAGGUAUGACCUGGUACCAGGUUGGUAUCGCUUCCAAGGAGCUGCCGGAUAUCGGAUGGCGGACAAAUGUGUUCCCGUAAAUCACUGCGGCACUGCUGCUUCAGGUUGGCUUAGUGGCUCACACCCGACCGUCGCUGAAGGUGUGGUCACUCGUAAAGUCUGUUAUCAUUAUUAUAGCUAUUACUGGUCAAGCAACUGCUGUCUCUGGAGUAACAAUAUUAGAGUCAGGAACUGUGGAGCUUUCUUUUUGUAUGAGUUACCAAAGCCGCCUUCUUGCGAUCUUCGUUAUUGUGGUAACGGCAGCGCAGGUUUUCUUGUAAUGAUGGAUUUGAAGCGAAAGGUUCAGUGGUUAGAAGAUGUACAGAAAAUGGAACUUGGAGUGGAACCGACCUUGUCUGCACAGGUAUUUGCGGUGCCGUCGAGGCCCAAGGAGCAUCUGUUUGAAAAAGGACGCCUUUUCGACCGACAGAGACGCUUGAGUCCAAGAUCAAUUGAGUAA